GUAUCUGCCCAUCCGAUUUUACGCAUAACGCGCCGCAUCCAUCACCAAAUAAUCGCCUGCCACAGCGCAUCCACAAUCCGCGACUCGUUUAAUUCGACAUACCUGAUGUUGAGAAUUUGACAGAAGAGAGGGCGACCAUAGUGCACCCGGGCCGCCAGUUUGAGAAAAGCGGGCAGCAGCAUGCCCAAGCGGAAACGGCUAAGCAGAGGCAGAUCAUGAUCCAGUAAUCUAAUACAGUCGAUCAUAUUGUGAUCAACCGGAGUGUAUGUGCAUUGAUGGUGCAUAUAUUGGCAGCCAGUUGGUUUUGUUGUGGUGUUCUCAUUAUUGCAAGGUGGGAUGUGUGCAGAAACCAGCUCAGGUUAAUUUCGAGUGCAGCUGGCGCCCAUUGUGUUGCAAGCCUGUUUUCCGCUGUGUGUUUCAGCCAGAACAAAGCAGGCUGGCAUGUCCGUGUGCUCAUUUCUCGGCACUUGGGCGCCAUGCCUUUGCUGCUGUCAUUCUCGGCACUGGCGGCGCUUUGUUCAGCGCGUUGGAUAAUUGCGUCAGAUCCUCUGCGAGCAUUCUGGAAGGUGAGGGCAGGGUUGCUCAGUGCCAGGCUGUUCUCAGUGACUGCCAGCAUGUGUGGGCAGGCGUGUGAGCUUUGCCAUGGAUGGUGGGGUACCUGGGACUUGUGCCGGAUUGUCCCCCGAGGUUGCGCUCCCGCUGCCUGUGCUUGCACCUGAAGCAGCAGCAGUCAGCGGUCAGCAGCCCCAGCCAGAGUUCAUGGUACCGUUGCAGGUAUUGUCUUGUUGUUUCUUCCUGUUGCAAGGCUGCUG